AUGGCGGCCGAUAGCAAUGGAAAGGUGGUGGAGUCGAAAGCAAAUGGCAUCAAUGGAAAUGGCCACGCUGUGCUUCCGACAUUGCCGGUAGUAAAGAAUCAAAGGAAGACUAAGAGAAGUUCUGGUAUCUUUGGCAUUGUUACACGAAUCUUAACAUGGUACUCGAUAAUCACAAUAUUACUGCGAUGUCCUUCAUCCUUCGACCUCGUCACGGAUACCUCCCCUCAGAUCUGCAAACCAUAUUUUCAACUACGAUCAAUAGUUGUACCUCAUCUCGAACCAUAUUACAAUUCAUAUGCCGCACCAUAUGUGAAUGUCGCGAAGCCUUACUAUGAAUCACUCGACAAGAGAGUGAUUACGCCUGUGACUGCCUUGAGUAUGAAAUAUGGUGCCCCGAAAGUAGCACAAGCACAAGCAUAUGGUCAAGCACAAUGGGAGAAAACUUUGCAGCCAGAGGUAUUGAAGUACAAGACUCUGGCGAGGGUUAAAUACGAUCAAACAUUGGCUCCUCAUUGGAACAAAGUUAGUGCAGCGAGUCAACCAUAUCUCGAUUUGGCCAAGUCGAAUGUUUUGCAAACAUACCAUGAACAUAUCGUUCCAAAUUUCAACACUGUACAGCCAUAUGUUAUUCAGAGUUAUAGAUAUACGAACGAUUUUGUUGUAGAGACUGGAAUUCCUUACACGAAGUGGGCAAUAACCUCGACUGGGGUAUUUUUGGACAGGAAGGUCUGGCCUAAAUUGAGGAUCUUAUACGGCGAGAACGUAGAGCCACAAUUGGUUCGAAUUGGUGAGAGAUUAGGCAGAUAUAGAGAUGGCAAGAAAUUACAGGCUGUGGUAGACAGUGUCGAUUCUUCCUGUUCUGCUUUUUCUGCCUCUUCCACGUUCUCAUCAAUAUCUUCUUCCAUCUCAUCUGCGCACGCUACAAGUGCACCUUCAACCUCCAUUCAAUCUUCAACUUCUAUUUUCUCUACCGAAACGCCAGCAAGCACUCCUUCAAGUGAACAUGAGAUUAGAGAAAAUGCUCGAAUCGUUGUUACCAAAGAUCUAAGAACCUGGCAAGAAAAGUUCUCCAAGGCUGCAGAUGAGGGUGCCGACGAAAUUGAUGAGAGAGUGACCGAGAUCACCGAGAGGUUGAUUCAAAAUCAAGCCAACAAAGUGGGAUCUGCAAUUAUCAUCGAAUUGGAGGAGGCUGUCAAAUCAAACCUCGAGUCGCUUAAGUCCAGCAUCAUUUCAAUUGUCAAGUCCGAUAAGAAUGCCGAAGAACACGAGGACUCCCUCAACACUGCCGUUCGAAAAGCAGGAGUUGCAAUCAAGGAGAAAGCUCAAGCCGUCCGAACUUGGCGACAAAGCUUCGAUGCAGAGACUAACUCUCUUAUUAGCAAAUCGGUCAAAGACACAUUUGAUAUCAUUGACCAUAUAAGAGAUUUGGGUUUGCAAGAAAUUGGAAUGCGAUGGGCUUGGACUGAUGGGAUCACUCAUAAAGAUUGGACUAAAUACCAUGCGUUGAAGAGUAAAUUUGAAGAAUGGCGACUUGAUGUAGAAAAGGUUGUCACCGAACACCCGGGUCUUGCAAAAGCUCGAGCCUCAUCCGAAGAUGUGGAAAGUAAAGCGAUGGGUGUUGCCGAGAACGCUGCCGUCGAACUUGCUCGUAUCAAGGAAGCCGGAAAGUGGAAGAUAUCAACCGGUGAUUCCAGUGAUGAUUUCAGUACUAAAUUCAUACCACCUGCUGCAGCAGUCGCUGGUCAAAAGGUCAUGGAGAAAAUCAAUGAGGCUACCGAAGCUAUGGCCGGUACCACGCAAGGGACUCUGGAAUCUAUCUCGUCGGUAGCUGGCGAGGCUGCUGCAUCCAUCUCGUCAGGUGUGAUUGGGACACCCCAAGGAAGCUUAGAGAGCAUUGCAUCUUUGGCUAAGGAGUCAGCGAGCAGUAUUGUUGAUCAAGCUUCAAGCUCCGUCAUCGGUACCUCGCAAGGAAGUAUCGAAAGUGUCAGCUCAGUCGUUGUUGAAAAGGCCGGAAGUAUUUCGAUGAAAGCAUCGUCGUCUGUUAUUGGCGAGCUACCGGGAGUGGUUAGUCAAGCCUCAAGCAGUGUUCAAUCCGCAGGAUCGGCUAUUUCCAAUUCUGCAUCCAGUCUUUCCGAUGCGGCGAGUUCAUCGAUCUCAUCUGUCAGCAGUGUGAUCUCCGAUGAAGCUUCAAUUGUAUCAAAAUCUCUUGAAUCCGCAUCAUCGUCUAUUGCAAGCUCAUUGUCGAAGAGUGCAACCGAUGCUACUAGCUCCUUGAGCUCUUCUGCUUCAGCUGCUUCAAGCACAGCAUCAAAGAAAGUUUGGGGUGGGGCCAUGGCUGCUCACGUUGAAGCAAGACAAAUUAUCUUUGAUGAUGUCAUUGAUGAUUCUGACGAGGAAACUUAUAGCGAGAAGCUACAGAGUAUGGCAAGUGUGGCUGGUGAUCAAUUCAGCGACAUGACGAGAGCUGUCAGUGAAGCGUUAUUGAAGCCUACCAGCACACAGGGAUCUGUGGAGAGUGUAACUAAGCUUGCUGCUGAACAAUAUUCUAGUGCUUUAGCCGCCGCAAGUGCAGUCCUAUAUGGAACGGAACCUGGAACUGGUGAAAGCAUCGCUAGUAUUGCUACAAGUCGUUAUGCGGACGCCGUUGCUGCCGCAAGCUCUGUCAUCUAUGGCACACCUGCACCUAUCCUCGAUUCUGCUGCAAGCUCAGCUAAAGCAAUCUACAGCGAUGCGCUAUCGAGAGCAUCUGAACACUACUCACAAGCACAAUCAGUUGUCUCGGCUCAAGUUUCGGGAACUCCAAAGCCGGUCCACCAGGAAAUGUUUAGCUCUGUUGAAAAUGCUUAUUCCGAUGCCGUUAACGCUGCUAGUUCUAGACUUCAAAUAGCAAUUUCCGGUGCAUCAACCGCUGUAUAUGGGGCUCCCACAGGUGCCAUUGAAUCUAUCCGAUCAGUCGCUGCAUCGAGACUCUCCGAAGGCCUGAAAGCUGCAUCUUCUCAAUAUGAUGCUGCGAAGAGUCACAUUGGCCCUACACCUACCCCAGCAGCUCAACAAUUACUUUCCCAAGCUCAAAAUCAAUACUACGCUGGUAUUGGUCUAGCUCAUGUUCGAUACUCUGAGUUUCUUGCGGCAGCAUCUUCAGCUGUCAUGCCAACUCAAACGCCAUUUCAUCAGAGCAUUUAUAACAGAGCUAGUGUCAAUGUUGUAGGGACUUCCACUCCCGGAUACGAAGCCGCUUUAUCUCAAGCCUCUGAAAGGUACUCUAGUGCUGUCGCAAAAGCCCAAGCAGGACUUGAUAAGGUCAUCAGCCAGGUAGGCAAUGUUGCUAGUGAUGCUAUUCCUGCCGCGAAAUUUACAGAUCUUGCAUCUACACGUUAUAAUGAAGCUUCAUCUAAAGCUUCUGCGUCUUACGCUAGUCUCUCCUCCGAAUUAGCCGAGAAAAUGAACGGAAUCACUUCUGGUGCAUCGUCCGCCGUAUAUGGUAGCGAAACACCACUUCCUGAAUCUCUCGCUUCGGUCGCUAGCGAAAACUGGGAAGCCCUUAUCACGAAAGCCAGUCAUCAAGUAUAUGGAUCUCCUACGCCAUAUUUUGUCACGGGUAAUUUCCUUUCGAACGUACAAGAAUAUGCCGCACAAGCUACUGAUGGGGCCGUCUCCCAAUACUCGGCGGUGCAAUCACUUAUUAGUGAGCUGGUUUCUGGAAAGGAACCAGAUUUUACCGAGAGUGUUUAUAGUCGUUUGAGCUCGGCCUAUUAUACUGGGGCAGGUGAUGCAGUUUCUUCGGCUUCAUUUUACGCAAGUGAGGUUUAUGCAUCGGCUAGCUCAGCUGCUAACUCAAUUUUUACCUCUCCUCCUGCAAUCGAGGAAAUUCUUGAUGCCGCUUCCCUUCAACUCAGUGGGGCUGUAGAGGCUGCCAGCGUUCAGUUUUAUGGUACCGAAAAGGGUGCUUAUGAAAGAUUUGCUGGGGCAGCUGCUUCGGCUUAUACAUCCGCUUCUAGCGCCGCGAGUGAAGGUAUCUAUGGUACUCAACCAGGAUAUGCGGAUCAAGCUCAACUUUCCAUUUCUAACGCCGCUGCUUCCGCUCAAAAGGCGAUUUCAGAGGCUAUCUACGGGACACCUUCUGGCACUUACGAAUCUGCAACCAAGGUUAUCGCAGACAACUAUCAAUCUGCCACGUCUGCUGCUGCCGAGUCUUACUCAGCUGCUCAAGCUAAGGUCUCGGAAGCUGUAUAUGGCCAUGAACAAGGAGCAGUGGAGAGUGCACAAUCGAGACUGAAUGCCGCCGUUGAGUCAGCGCGUGCUAAAUUGACUGAAUUUGCAUCAAAUGUUGGGGAAGGUGGGAAUGAAGCCCUUAGCAAAGCAAGCGAGGGAGUUGAGCAAAUGGCUAGUAGUGUGGGAAGUGUUGUUGGGGAGGCUACCAAAGCUGCUGGGAAAAAGGAUGAAUUGUAA